CAAAAAUGUUGUUUCCUUGCAGAUGAUACAGCCACCAUGAGGCUCAUGCCCCCCUACCCAGCGGUGGCUCCCGCUCUGCUGGCGCUGCUGUGGCUGUCGGCGGCGCCUGCUUCUGCCGCCGCUGCUUCUGCUCCCAACAUCGUGUUCAUUCUGGCAGACGAUCUGGGUUGGAACGACGUGUCAUGGCACAACGACCAGGUGGUUUCGCCCAACAUGCAGCAGCUGGUGGACACGGGCGUCCAGCUGGAGCAGAGUUACGUGCAGCCUCUGUGCACGCCGUCCCGCUCCGCCUUCCUGACGGGGCUCUACCCCUUCCGCCUCGGCCGCCAGGGGCCACCACUGGCCGACCUGACGCCCACUGGCCUCUCGCUGGACCACACUCUCCUGCCGGAGCGCCUCUCGCAACUCGGCUACACCACGCACAUGAUCGGGAA